AUGUCUGGAUCCUUUUGGAAGUUCGGGCAGGAUUAUGCCAAUGAAGCGCCAUUGACGAAGCUUUUGAAUAAGGCGUUUUUCAAGAUCAAUAACAAUAAUAGUGGUUCUGACGAUAAUCACGGACAGAACGGGUCCGGUGUUGAUAGCGAUGAUGGGUUGAAUCUACGAGAGAAGAAAAACAUGUCUGAACUUACGUCUGAGUCUGAUAGCGAUUGUAUCAGUGGAGAAGACGAUUCUGGGGAUACAGGUGACGAUGACGAUGUAGAAAAGAAGGAGGAAGAGCAGGAUGAUGAGGAUGAAGAUGAUAGAGCACUGGGGCCCGGGACGACGAAAAGGAAUAGUGGACGUUUCAAUGAUGAGGACAACGAGGGAGGAGAAGAACAGGUUUCAAUUUCAGAGAGUAAUUUCGAAUACAAGGACUAUCGUCCCAACCUUGAUAUUUUAGACGACUUGUUGGAUGACGAGGAACUGUAUACAGAGCUUAUGUGCUCGAAUUUCAAACUAUUGGUGUUUUUCAGGUAUCCUGAAGUGUUAGCAAGGUUGGUUGAUUAUGUGACCAACGAACACGUAUUAGAACCAGCUGACGAUAGCAUGGUCGAUGAGGAACAACAAGAAGGGGAAAAUGGGUCGGAUUCAUCCGAUAACGAUGCAGAGGAAGAUCAGGGUAAACAAGGUUCUCCAGAGGCAGAAGCGGAUUCAGGGGAUGACUUAGAGAAUUCAGAAGAUGAAAAUAAUACUCAAUCACAAUACCAAAAUACACUGGACGUCGUUCCAGAUAAUGCAUCUGAGUCUUCAGCUGAAACGAGUAUCACUCUACCACCAGAAAGUGAAGAACAGGUAGAGUCAAGAAGAGCCAGGAUCGCUGCAGAGAUUCUCUCUGCGGAUGUGUGGACCAUUUCCUCUGCAUUCAUGGAUAACGAAGACCUUCUAGUCAAGUUAUGGUCCACUUUGGAACACCCUGCUCCACUUUCAAUCAUUGCAUCCACAUAUUUCAUGAAAAUCAAUGAACGUUUAUUAGAUAUGGACAUUAGUGGCAUGAUAAACUUCAUUUUAAAACAAGAGAAUAUAGUUGAUAGAUUUAUUGCACACAUCGAUAACCCUCCAUUGAUGGAUUUCCUUCUUAAAGUCAUUUCUACGGAUAAACCAGAUGCUCCAACUGGAAUAAUCGCAUUAUUGAAGAAACAACAUUUGAUAUCUAAAUUGUUAGAUUAUUUAUCAAUUGAACACGAUUCUUCAAUUCAAUCUGCUGCAGGCGAUUUCUUAAAAGCUUUGAUUACCAUCAGUGCAAAUUCAAAUAACGAAAUCGCAUCUGCUAUAGGUCCUAAUGAGUUGACUAGAGAAUUAGUUUCCGCAGAAAUGGUUUCCAAAUUGGUUAAUAUUAUGUUACAAUGUGGCACAUCGUUAAGCAACGGUGUUGGGAUAGUGAUAGAACUUAUCAGAAAGAACAAUUCUGAUUACGAUUUCGUACAGGUGAUGUAUACAACAUUGGAAACACACCCACCAUCUGAUAGAGAUCCAGUGUAUUUGGGACAUUUGGUUAGAUGCUUUGCAAAUAAGAUGGAUAGAUUUAACAAGAUCCUUUUGGAAACGAAGCUUGACCCAUUGGAGACACCUUUCGGAAGCAUUGAGCCGUUAGGUUUUGAAAGAUUUAAGAUUUGCGAACUUGUUGCUGAACUUUUACACUGCUCGAACAUGGGAUUGUUAGGUGAACCAUCAGGAGAGGCUAUUGUACUUGAACGAGACUUGAAAAGAGAAGAGAUUUUGAAAGAAAUGGAAGAACAGCUUGAGAAUGAAAACGCAUCUGAUGCAGAAACUGGAUAUUAUGACGGUGAAGAUGAUACUGCUCAUGCUAAUAAUCUUCAUAGGGAAUUACAAGACCUCAAUAUAAAUGCGACGCUGAAAGACUCUGAAGCUACUGAUGAAGUAGAGGACGUCAAAGAUGUUGGAGAUGCUGGAGAUGUUGAUGCUUCCUUGGCUGAAAGAACAGAUAUACAUUCCGAAACUUCAUCAGAUUCUGAAGUUACCGAAAAAGUUCUGAGAGAAAAUCCAGUUGUUGGUGAUUUAUUGAAAAUUUCUUUACAAGAUAACAACAUCAUUACAACCAUACUUGAUAUGUUUUUCAGGUUCCCCUGGAACAAUUUCUUGCAUAACGUUGUUUUCGAUAUUGUGCAGCAAAUUUUCAAUGGACCACUGAAGUCUGGAUAUAACAAAUUUCUCUUGGCAGAUCUCUUUUCUUCUGCUCAUAUUACCGAUGUCAUUAUGGAAGGCGACAGGAAAUGUCUAGAGUACGAGAAAGAGACUGGAAUCAGACUUGGUUACAUGGGUCAUUUAACAUUGAUCGCCGAGGAAGUUGCCAAAUUCGCUGCCUAUAUAGAAGAAGCCAAUGUGACUUUCGCAUCACCUGUAGUGCAAGAAGGACUCAAUGAACCUAAAUGGAAAGAGUACUGCGAUACAAUUCUCACCGAAACAAGAGAAAAAUAUAGCUCUUUACUCGGAGAUGACGGUUUCGACGAAGGUGAAAACGACGAGGGCGAUGACGAGAUUUACGAAGACGAUGAUGCUAUAAAUGAAAACGAGAAAAGGUUUGUGAAUGUGAACGGGUCCCUGGAGUAUGACGAUGCCGAUGAGGAUGAAAAUCCGAAUGAAUUAGGUGCCGACAACUGUUUCGUUUAUGAAGACAACAUGGGUAAUAAGACAAAAAUCCAAGUACGACUAGACAACAACGAUGAGCAUGACUCGUCGUACGGUGGAGAUUUGAAUAAGUUUAGCAACUACAUGUCAAAUCAGAUUAAAUCCGGCUUAAACAUGGCUGACAAUGCCGAGGAAGAAGACGAAGGAGACGAAGAGGAAGAUAUUUGGAAUGGUGAAUCAUCCAACACAUUCCAACCGCAAGUCCCCAAUAAAACCUUCUUCAACAGCUCCAUGUUCCAUUCCCACCAAUUUGAUCUGUCACCUGACGAUGAAGAAGAUUAUUUAGAUCCUAACGACGAUGGGCAAUCUUAUGCAAAACCAAACCAUCCUUUAUACUCCAGCAUGUUAUCACCGGGUGGUAUGCCCUACGAUGCACCAGACGAAGAACUCAACGAUCUUGAUGUAAACGACGAUGAUGAGGACGACGACGAAGAUGAUUUCGAUGCUGAUACUGAUGUUGGAACACAUAGCGGCAUUUCUCAUCGUUCGAAUGAAUACUCCCUGCGUCGUACUUCCAGUAAUGAUAAGAUCCCUUACGAUCUCGCUGAGCAGAGUAGUAGAGCAAUGGGAAUGCCUGCUUUGCAAAGAUCAAGCUCACAUGAUACAGAUUAA